UCUGCAGCUACAAAGAUGUCUGUGAAGAACCACAUAGCUGCCAGAGCUGCGCUUAUUGAGCAACUCAUGUCUGACAGAAAUUUUGAGGAUCUUGGCAACCACCUGACUGAACUUGAAAUGAUUCAUGUGACGACGGAACAUCUCCAGGAGACAGAUGUGGUCAGAGUUGUGUACAGAGUCCUCAAACACUGCCCCACAGUGGCUUUGAAGAAGAAAGCCAAAGGUCUCAUGUCAAAGUGGAAAGCUCUUUAUAAGACUACUUACGUCAAACCAAUGGACAACCCUCAGUUAGUCACCAUUAGUAAUAAGGAAGAGAAGCUGGGGCUUCCUCAUGCCCCAAGUCAAGAUGAGACCUUGGAUGGCUGCAGUUCUCAUUCUCAGCUCUCAUCCCAAGAUGUUGCAAAAGCUAGUGAAAUGACUAUGCUAGCAAAUAGUGCAGGUCACAUGGGAACUAAGGAGGGACACUGCAGUGAUUGUGAUCCUACACUCAUUGCCAAGGAAUCUAGUGAGUCACUGGAUCCCACAAUGCCUAUGAGAAAAAAAUGCAUAGAACUUCUUUACAAAGCUCUAACUAGUUCUUCCACAGAUCCACCAAAAGCUGAUUUGUGGCAAAAAUUUGCAAGAGAAAUAGAAGAGCACAUUUUUGCCCUCUAUUCAAGAAACCUCAAAAAAUACAAAACGUGCAUCAGAAGCAAAGUUUCCAAUUUGAAAGACCCUAGAAAUUCUCAUUUGCAGCAAAGCUUGCUCUCGGGGAUCAUGUCACCAAGAGAAUUUGCUGCAAUGACUGUCCUAGAGAUGGCCAACCAGGAACUGAAGAAGCUGAGAGCUGCCUAUACAGAAUCUUCUAUACAUGAACAUAGCCUUCCCCAGGGACUCGAUGGCAUGCCAACAAAUAAAAUCAAAUGCAGACGCUGUGAAAAAUACAACUGUAAAGUCACUGUGAUUGCGCGAGGAACACUUUUCCUUCCAAGUUGGGUACGGAAUUCCAAUCCCGAUGAACAGAUGAUGACUUACGUGAUUUGUAAUGAAUGUGGAGAACAAUGGUACCACAGCAAGUGGGUGUGCUUAUAA